UAAGAAGCGAAGGGAAGGGAAGCGAAGCGACUGACCAGUGAUCAGUGACGACACGGAGAUUAUGUGGCUGCCAUCCAGUCAUUCCAACCCUACUGCCCUCUCCUUCCGCAUGAAUCCAGAGCCCCAGACCAACAAACGGGUCGAAAACAGGGUUCCCACUUUUUGCAAGCGGGUCGGCUCUGUACAGCGAUCGAAGCACUCAUCUAUCGCCAGACACGGCCGGUGACGUGCUCCACCGGCGUUGCCCCACGUGGUGGCCCACCCUGAACCAUGGCGUUGGCCGUUUCGUCCCCAACAAAUUAGCACCGGUGGCUUUGGUUCCCCAUGAAAAGUAGAACCCAUUUUUUGUGGUUCCUCUCUUCUGCUUUCGGAAUCUCUUCUUCUUCUUCCCCUCUCUCUCUCUCUCUCCCUCCUUCCCUCUCUGAUUGGUUGUGGGAAAAGGGGUUCGAGUAGUGUAUUUUCAGAAUACGUUUUGCAGAUUCAACAGGAUUCCUUGUGAUUCUCGAGCGACGGAGACGAAGCAAUCCGAUUGAAAGAGAAAAGGGCGUCUGAUUGGUUAAGAAAAUUAAGGGCGGGCGGCGAGCAGAAUAGAUGGAUUUCUGGCCGGAGUUUCUGGCGAGCAGCUCGGGCAAGGAGUUCGUAGCCGGAGGGUUCGGGGGCGUAGCCGGAAUCUUCACGGGGUACCCGCUGGACACGCUGAGGAUCCGCCAGCAGCAGCGCGCCAACACCGGCUCCGCCUUCUCCAUCCUGCGCAAUGUUGUGGGCAACGAGGGCCCCCUAGCCCUCUACCGGGGGAUGGCGGCCCCCCUGGCCUCCGUCACUUUCCAGAAUGCAAUGGUUUUCCAGAUAUACGCAGUCCUAUCCCGGGCGUUUGACUCGUCGCUUCCGGCCACGGAGCCUCCGUCGUACAAGGGGGUUGCGCUAGGCGGAGUUGGAACUGGCGCCAUACAGACCCUUCUGUUGUCGCCGGUCGAACUCGUGAAAAUCCGCCUCCAGUUACAGAGAACAAGCCACCAGAAUGCUCCCGCGACGUCGACGACGGACGGCCAAAGCGGCCCCGUCAGGGUGGCCAAAACCAUCUUCCGGACGGAAGGUCUCCGGGGAAUCUACAGAGGACUAACGAUCACCGUGCUCCGGGACGCACCGGCCCACGGCUUCUACUUCUGGACGUACGAGUACACGAGGGAGCACCUCCACCCGGGCUGCCGGAAGAGCGGGCAGGAGAGCUUCCAGACCAUGCUGGUCGCCGGAGGGCUAGCCGGAGUCGCCAGCUGGAUGUGCUGCUACCCUUUGGACGUGAUCAAGACCAGGAUUCAGGCUCAAUCACAAACUUCUCCGGUGAAAUACAAGGGCAUUGUUGAUUGCUUCCGGCGAAGCGUAAGAGAAGAGGGAUACAGCGUUCUAUGGCGGGGGCUGGGGACGGCGGUUUCGAGAGCGUUCAUAGUGAACGGAGCCAUUUUCACGGCCUAUGAAACGGCUCUCAGGUGCUUAUUUUAGAAGAAUAUGGAGAAGUGACCCUUGAGAAUUGACUGAUUGAGAGAUUGAUGAUUAUUCCUGCGAACUGUGUAUCUCUUUGUUGAGAUCACUGCAGAAGGCCUGCCAUUGGAAUGCACAAAAUUGUCAGUUUUACAAUGAAUGAAUUGACGUAGGAGAAGCAGGUAGGUAGUACUAGCUCCUUUUUGCCAUUUCAUUUUUGUAAUAUUCGUCGUCUUAGGGUUUGCAUUUAUAUCAUUUAUUACAUGCACGUAUGUUGAAACAUUAUUAUUUAAAUUUAAGAGACGGUGAUCAUGCAAUGCCCCUAUGUAUCUGUUUAUGAUUGUGCCCUAGCUAGCACCAAUGGUUAGUAGAGAGAUUUUACCCCACAAAAAAAAAAAAAAAAAGGAGAAAA